GGCGGCGCGCGGGCGGCGGGGCAGGGAGGGAGGGCGGCCGGGCGGGCAGCGGCCCCGGCCCGCAUCUGCGCCCCUCGCUGUCCCGCGACCCCGGCGCGGGUGCCUCGGGCCCCUCUCGCGCGCCGCCAUGGUGGGCCGGCUGAGCCUGCAGGAUGUGCCCGAGCUCGUGGACGCGAGGAAGAAGGGCGACGGCGUCCUGGACAGCCCGGACUCGGGGCUGCCCCCCAGCCCCAGCCCCAGCCACUGGGGGCUCGCGGCGGGCGGAGGCGGCGGAGGCGGCGGAGGGCGCGCGCCGGCACCGGGGGCGCUGGAGCCCGACGCGGCGGCGACCCCCGCGGCUCCGAGUCCAGCGUCUGUCCCCCUGACUCCCGGCUGUGCGCUGAGGCUGUGUCCCCUGUCCUUUGGCGAAGGAGUGGAGUUUGACCCCUUACCACCAAAGGAAGUAAGGUACACCUCCUCGGUCAAGUACGACUCCGAGCGGCACUUCAUCGACGACGUGCAGCUGCCCCUGGGCCUGGCGGUGGCCUCCUGCAGCCAGACGGUCACCUGCGUCCCCAAUGGCACGUGGCGCAACUACAAGGCUGAGGUGCGCUUCGAGCCACGCCACAGGCCCACACGCUUCCUCAGCACCACCAUCGUCUACCCCAAGUACCCCAAGACCGUCUACACCACCACCCUGGAUUACAACUGCCGCAAGACGCUGAGGAGGUUUCUGUCCAGCGUGGAGCUCGAAGCCACGGAGCUCCUGGGCAGCGACGACCUCUCCGAUGAAUGCUGACCCAGCAGGCUGGGCUGGGGUCGGACUGGCUCUCCCGCUGUCCUGCCCCCGACUGCCCUGGCCAAGCUGGGCGACCUUACCCUUCAUGUCAUUCCAGCCCCAGAGGAGUCUAACCUAGAGAUACCUCCAAGCCCGGCUGGGGGAAGAGAAAAAAAAAAAAUCACUGCAUCUCAUAAUUAUUGAGAUCUUUGUGUUGUAAUUUUCAAGCUGUUUUUAGAGGGAAUAUAUGUCCUGGUUUGCUGCUGUGUUGUGUCCCCAAAGUCUCAAUCAGAUGAGGCAACAAAAAGACCACCAGAACUGCAGGAAAGCAGCAACAGUCUGGGAUAGGGAGCGGGGAGGAGAGCUCUCCCUCCACGGUCAGUUUGUCAGAAGAAGAGCAUGGAAAAAGUGAGAUUUAAGAAAUUUCAGCCACGGGUGUCUUCACUGCGCAAAAGUGGUGCUAAUUCAGUAAACAGCGACACCUGUGUGGGUUCAAUCUGUGGAGAGUUGAGUUCCAUUCCUUUGUUUUUAAAUUUCCACCUCCAUUUGUGUUUCCUGUUAACCUAAACUCUUGUAAUUCUCUAAAUCUUUUUUCAUGAUAUCAAAAAAAAAAAAAAAAAUCCCAAACCACAAUUUAAGAUGCCUUUUUUUAAAAAAAAGGUUCUCCGUGUUGCCACCUGCUUCGGGAAGGCCAGGCCGAUGGGCGGCCGGGUUUGGGAGCAGCGGCUUUGGCUCUGAUUGUUUCCUGACGGUCAGUUCCCAGCACAGGCUCUGAGAAAACGCCGCGAACCCUUGGUAUCUGGUGACCGUCUCUGCAGGCUUCCAUGAGUCUCCGAUAGGUGUUUUGGGCUUUUGGAAUACUUUCAGAAUACUUUCCCAUUUUUUCAUAAGGCAAAACAGAGUGGAGGGCCUUUUUUGAGAGAAACAGCCUUCUUAUUAUGCUUGGAAAACACACGUGGGGAGUGGACACUCAGGACUGGAAGUGGUGGCCCUGACGAAGACCUGCGGCCACCCGGAGGAGGCAGACGCAGGUGAUGACCUGGUUCAUCAUGAGAGGGGCCAGAGUUGACUCAGUCUUAGGAUUUCGAUGGCGUCAGAAUUGCAGAGGGUUUCUGCCAGUGCCUUAGGUCCAAUUCAAAAAGCAAGGAAGGCUGGGCGCGGUGGCUGGCGCCUGUAGUCUCAGCUACUUGGAAACUGAGGCAGGAGGACCUCUUGAGCCCAAGAAUUCGAGACAGGCCUGGCAGCAUAGUGAGCCUCCAUCUCUAAAAAAAAGUGGCAGAAAAAAAAAGGCGAGGAGAUCUGUGCCCACAUCCCCCGACACCAGACAAGCUAAGGUACAUUCAGAGUAGGGAAUGAUGUCAAAACCUGGCUGCCGUGGUGGCGCGCGUUCCUCUUACACCACCGUAUGGGGGCAGGUGACAGUGAAAUGAAAUGUUCCCAAGGACCGUGUGAAUUCAGCUGACGCAGCCCAGCAGUGGGGUGGACCAGGGUGCGGUGGCUUCAGCCCUGCCUCCCGCCACUCCAUCCUCCCCUAACCCCUUCUUGGGACCUCCUGCCAGUCCCUGUGGCGUUUGAGUAAAGAAAGUGGCUGAUGGUUUUACUUUUUUCUUCCAAUAUUGGAAAGAACAAGCUAGAUAUUUCCUUGGAAUACAUCCAAAUUAUUUCAAGUGCCUGAGGGUUACCGAGCACUGUGGGCUCAGCUCGGCUGUAGCUCCGGGUUUCUGCGGAUGGCUUCCAUCGUGUCGAAAGCUGAACUGAGCUCCGUAGUGCCCCGGAGCCACAGCGGCAGGUGCAGCGACAAUUGCCGUCGUGUGCAGUCGCUGGAGGCCUGGAGAGCCACGUUGUCCUCUGCAGACAACGGCAUCAGUGCCCUGUGGACAGAGCCUGCAGUCCACACCUGGUCUGAGCUUGCUGGGCUGAAGCCCAGCUGGGACCCGGUGAGGGGGCACCCUGGGACCCACAGUCUCCUCAGUCACGUGCAGAGCAAAAAAUGCUUCCUGUGUUUGCAAGAGCAAGUGACGCAGCAUUUAUUCAUAAAAAUGGAUUUUUCUGUCUGAUUUCAUGCUGUGGUAGUUUAAGUGGUCAAUGUGAUUUUUUUUUUUUUUGAGAUGGAGUCUUGCUCUGUCACCCAGGCUGGAGUGCAGUGGUGUGAUCUCGGCUCACUGCAACCUCCACCUCCCAGGCUCAAGCGAUUCUCCUGCCUCAGCCUCCUGAGUAGCUGGGAUUACAGGUGCGCACCACCACGCCCAGCUACUUUUUGUAUUUUUAGUAGAGACGGGGCUUCACCAUGUUGGUCAGGCUGGUCUCGAACGCCUGACCUUGUGAUCCACCCGCCUUGGCCUCCCAAUAAUUUGUAAGUUAUGUUAGCGGGAUCCUCAAGGCCUUGCUCUGCCCCGUGGAGGCGCUUGCUUGGAUGAGCUCAGGAAACAGCACCAGCUGCGUGGCAGGUGUGGGUGUUGCGUGGGAAGACGUGGCCUUUGAACACCUCUGUGUUCUCAGACGUCCUUAGGAGAUUUUUUUUUUUUUUUGUCUUAGGGGGACUGUGUUAAGUUCAGACAAAUCAUGCUAGGUGUGGAGAGAGUCUGAAAUACGUCAGUGAAGUAAGUAGCAGUGAGCGAUUGUGAAUGUGUAAUGCAAAUGGAAAACCGGGUUUUAUUGUGUUAAGUUAUUCACUAGGGAGCCAAUUGUAGUUCUUUGUAAUCCUCUUUCUCUCCAAACCUGCUUUGCUGAAAGUUGCAGAAAAGGAAGUGUGUGGAGAGAAACGGAACGCUUCAGGGUGGGUCAGAGGACGCCAUCCACAGUGGAUUCAUGUUCGUUUGCAGGGCAGAAGCAGUGAUUUUUAAGACCCACUGAUUAAAAACAAACAUUCCUAAGUGCCUCUGAGAGAUGCUGUUUGUUAAUUAAAAAGCUUUUUUCUCGGUCUCUUAAAUUAUGGCUUUCAUGUAAUAAGGAUAUUUUUAGUGAAAAGUAGUUUUCCUUUCAAAUUACAGACCUUUUAAAAAAACUUAAUUUGAGCGAGUACCUUUUCAUUUGACACUUUUCCUGUUUCUAACCUUAGGAAACCAGAAUAGCGUUUGGCAGACACGACGUUUUCAGUUUACCUUUGACACCUGCCCCACUCCAUUUUGCUUUGUGACGUCUUCAUUUAACAAUAAAUUAUCUGAAAAAACAAAA